AUCUGACAAUGGUGCAGACCAAAUCAGUAAACAGUAAAAUUUACAUUUUUCAGAUUGAGAAAUGCCCCCUGCAAGCUCAUGGACAGACCACCCUCUUUGGUGGGUCCAAGGCAUGCAGUUGUGGAUUCCACACCACCAAGCCUGCCACUGCUACUUUAUCACAGGCCACUGCUGCACCUCCACAAUCUGAGGCUUCAGACACGGCUCCUGCCCCACGGUCAUUCCUGAGGCCCUCUUCUACUUUAUCAAUGUUCACUAAAUCACGGUAUAGUGGGUCACAGUUGUCUUCACUAAAGCCCAAUUUAGUAGAACGGAAGACCCCAGCCCUUCUCCAUCCUCUGACCCCAAGUGCUUCUCCUCCCAGCCCCCUCACCUUCUCCAUCCUCUGUGAGGACUCAACCGUGGCCACUGUGAGAACCCCUCGCCCUUUUCCAUCCUCUGUAAGGACGGCAAGCUCUUCUUCUUCCUCUCCGAGACCUCCCAGCCCAUCCUUACUGCAGACCCACGUUCCUGCUCCAUUCUCUGAGGAGCCUAGAAGAGUCCAGCCAACCCCUGCCGAGGACUUAGCUUCAGUCAGGCUACCAGUUGAAUUAGGCAAGACCAUCCCUGUGCAGGACCAAAGGUGGAUUGCCAACACUUUAUUUCACUCUGGCAAGCUGCGGCCAGAUUUGAAGCUGUGGUAUGAGCCUCCCAUCCCGGCCCUCAUUUACCACCAGACACCAACACCUGACCGGUUCUUUACCCAUCGGCUAAUGGUGUGGAUGCCCUACCACCUGUGGAAGGUGACGGUUCACUGUCCGGCUUGUAACAAGAACCUAACAGGUUAUGGUGUCCACAAAAGGGCCAGGAAGGUCCUGGAUAUUGACAGGUACUACCUGCUGGUGACAGAGACACUCAGGUGUACUGUGUGUUCUCAAAACUAUCUGUCAACAAGCCAGACUCCUGUAUCGGUGGUCUGCCAGGAGCCUCCAGAGCCAAUCGACAUUCCCACCAGUCGUUGGCUGCUAUCACAAAGAAGCUGGCGGCCAUGGACGGGGACAGCACUCUGGGUAACCUCCAUUGGAAAUGAGGUUGGCCAGAUAGUGACCAGUGUGCUGUCAGUGCAAGAGGGGCCAGGACUGAGCAGAAUGGUGGCUGGUGUAAUGGAGCGCUACCGCCAAGGCUGCCAUUCCACCACCAGUGCUGCUUUAUGUGGACUGUGGCUGCUGCCCUGCAUUUUUGAGUGGGACGCUGGAGACCUCAGUCUGUUGCGGCAGGCAAAGAGGAAACAGAUGAUGGCGGAAGGUUUGCCAGCUAUUACUGACAUCCUGGUGGACAGAAGCAUCAGUAAAGGAGCUGAGCCUUUACUGCCGCGGGGAGGACACGAGGUGAAGAGGCCACCAUACGCCUCAUGGAGAGGCUGCUGCAGGACCUGGGGGGGGUGCAAGCGGUAG